GUCACAACGCAACUGACUGAUGAACAGCGCACAUUUUCAAAACAACUUGAACCUGAAUAAUGGGUCGAAAGGGAGAAUUUGCGUUGUUUUUUACCAUUACCAUUAUAACAUCAUUCGUCUUUAGAUUUUUGUGAGUCAAUCGGUCGAUUGAUAUGCAAUUUAUCCUUUCCAAUAUUGUUUGCUUGUUUUACUGACUGAUUGAACUCAAGAUAAUCACUCCUCAGGGUUUUGAAUGGUUUUUUCACCCACAUCAUAAAUCAUUCUCCUGGACCGUGCAAGGUAAUACCAGGUGAGAAUUGUUUCAUUUAUUCUUCAAACAGAGUAUUGCAAGUGUUUGUGACGGUAGCUCGGUGAACCAGAGGCAGCCCAGACGUAGUGUGUGUCAAUUUCACAUGGACAAAAUGGGAUGAGUCGUCGAAACUCCCAUGAACUAAAAUAGUCCAAAAGUCGAAAUAUGACAAAACAAAGCUAAGAUACCUUUAACUGAACGUCUCCUUCUUCUUUCUGGCCGGUUUUGUUGAGUUUUGCAAUCGUAGGUACUAUCCACUAAAGAAGAAUUAAAGGCUGGCUACAAAACUAACGGGCCAUCUCCACGCGCCUUCACGCGAAGCGCUAUAAGUUUGCGGUCAUGGCGAAGCGUAAAUGUCAUCACCACCAUCGUGCAGUUGCGAUGGGUUUUGUGGAGCCAGCCGGAGCACUCGUUAGCUGCAGAUUAGCUGAUGGCAAUUUGGAGCGGAUUUGUCGAUUAUUCUCAACUGAGGAAUUUAUAGCGCUUCGCGUGGAGGCGCGUGGAGAUGGUCCGUUUGUUUUGUAGCCAGCCUUAAAUUCUUCUUUAAUGGAUAGUACCUACGAUGCCUUCUACAAAAUGCCUCUUUAACCCGCCAGGAAGAAGAAACGUUCAGGGUAUGGUUUGUGCACUCUAGUCUUUUUUGAAGAAUUAGCUACUUCUUCAUCAUUUGGCGAUAAGACCAUUUCCCUUUUAAUGUUUACGCAACUACCGUGUACGUGCCGUAACAGCUUGUCACGCGCUCCGGUCACGCGCCGGGCUCCAGGGCUUCAGGUCUGAAAUACGGUAUCAAAUUUUUGAUCAGGUCUGAGAUAGGGUUGGGAAAAUCACAGAUUUUGGUUUGAAACAGGGUAAGAGUUUCAGGAAGCCUGUCGCGCACCCCCACCCAAUUUUUUUGGAAGAACACCCCCGGGUAGGCCUAGAUACAAAUAUGGCAAAAAAUGUUCUAAAUUUCUUUCUAGAAAUUCUCAUAAAAUUCCUAAAUUUCUUUUGAAUUUAGUCUAAAUUUCUUAAAAAAUCUUCUAAAUUUCUCAGAAAUACCAUUUUUUUCUAAUGUUAAUUUGACCCAUUUUUGGCUUUAUAUCAAUUAAAGACAUGAAAAAAAUAUAUACAUUAUUAUUUGAAUAGCAAAAGAUGUAUAUUGCAGGGCUGGUUUAUUUUAAGGUAUAAUAAGUAAAUAAAAACAUCUAAGCAACUCGAUUUCAUCAAUUUCUGUUUAUUAAUUAAAUAUUGCAAUUUGCCAUAAGUGCUUUGCCAGAACACGGAUCCCAGAUAACCGUCGUAGGCGUGACAAAACUGAAACAAUCUCAUCUUCUCUUCCUCUUUGUUCUUGUUCACUCGCCUGUUCAAUUUCCACUUCGAUAACUUCCGCCAUGUUGACUGAUUGAUUCCACGUGGCGUCGAAUUAAUUUGUAGGUACUUUGUAUAUGGUGCAUCUCAUUGUACUGCAGAAUAAAUCUGCUGAAUUGGUAGUAUCGCUAGCCUGCGCGCAGACGAAAUUAAACUCUGGUUAACUCCGUCUGCGAAACAGCGCCGAAAUCCUUGUUCUGGACUUCCAGCUGUGUACCCAGAUUUGAGUACGCGCCACGAUUGGCCAGUUAAAAAAGGCCUUUGUUUUGUUUGUCGUGAUCGCCAAUCAGGUUGAAGGGGAAUUCGAAACGCACUUCCGGUAAUUCGUUGAGUCCGUUGGGGGUCCAGAACAAGGAUCUCUGCGCUGCUUCGCAGACGGUACUAAUCAGAGUUUAUUUAUCGUCUGCACGCAGGCUAUAGUAUCGCUGGCUCGUAAAAGGACACGAAAUUAAUAUAAACCUUUUUUUUUUGUUCUUAUGAAGUAUCUUUUUUGUGAUAAUUGCUCUAAAUAUCACUUUUUUUUUCUAAAUUUCUCAAAAACUUCUAAAUAUCUCAAAAAAUAUCGCGAUAUUUGUAUCUAGGCUUACCCCCGGGCAUUUUUGGGUCAGAAAUGGGGGGUCAUUGUACCAGGCGUUCCUUGCGGACACCGUGGAAACUGAGACUAAGAAUCGUUGCGUGAUGGAGGCGACGCAUGUUUUGCGAAGAAAGCUUAGGAAAGAUUAAAUUUAGAGCUUUUCGGAAACGUGUCGGCCCAAGAAUUCGAUCGCUUGAAAUCGUUGAUUACUUUGGAGCAAGUGAACACUACUGAGUGGUCGAAAAAAAAUAAGAAUCUGAAUUAGCAAAAUUGUGAUGGUCUUCACUGUAUGCAAAUGAGUCUUGGGAUGAGCAUGCGAUUUAUUUUCGGCGAUGCAUGAUUGAAAAGACGUGUCAUGUAAAUCACUUUUUCGAUAUCUGGCAAUGAUGCUAUUUCUCUGGAAUCGAGGCCUUUGAAUUUUCGCAUAUUUAUACACGCGUAGAGCCUGCGAUCGCAGACGUAUUUCCGGUCGUCGCGAACACGCGUACUAAAUCAAUUCAGAAACAAGUUAAAAGUAUCGGCGUCGAUAACGUAGGAAGUAAAAAACAUUUAGCGAGUAAAUCUGUUUCGUUUCGUGUAGAAUCAAUCGCCCCCUCAUUUCUCAAUCUAAUCUUCAAGCAAGCGAGACUGAAUCCGCUGUAAGCGGCUUCUUGUUAUCAAUCAGUUACCACUGAGUUUUCCACCCUUAUGCUGAAUCAACAUAUUGAGGGUUUGUUGCAUUCAUCCCACUCUAAGAAAUAAACCUUUGAGCAAAGGACACACCACCGCGCCGAAAUCAAUCCACGAUUGAUAUUGCUGUGCGCAUGCCUAAGUUACUAAGCCGUGGGUUUCCACUGGUUUCCUCUUGGGUUUCACUUGGUUAUGUUGAUAUGGAUGUGUGCAGCCACUUGCUUUGGCUAAAUUAUCUCUCACUAAGCCGCUCGGGGGUACUUCACCGAUUCUGUUUCCUGUGUUUAAGCAAAUGGCUCUGAAGAUAUUGCUCUUCUUCCUGACGGACUUGUUUUUGUGUCUUCCGUGAGUAUCUUCUUUUUUGCAUUUUUAUUAUUUUCUUUUACACAGAUCCUUCGAAAGAAAUCAUGCUCAGCCUUGCACUCAUUUUGAGCAGUUGCAGUAACUAAGAAAGUUUUUUUAACGCUUCUCCUGCUGUGUGCCGUUCAAUAGGAUAACUGACUGGGCAGUACAAUGAGCUCACUAUGCAGAAUAUAAAUCUUACAAGCGGUAGACCUCAGGGGCUACUAGCAAAUGAAUGACAGGAGAAACUAUUUGCAUAUUAUUACAUUUGGGAAACGAGACAGGGUGUAGAAAUUUCUUCUGAGAUUAGAGUCUAUUUCGGUUGCCAUUCUCCUGUGUAAUAUCCGAAGUAGAUACCGGUCAUGAACUAGUGUUUGUGCAGUGUUAUUGUUGUCUUCGACACUUAACCCCCUUCAUUUUCGAACAGGGACUUAGCUACCAAUUGACUCCCAUGUACGAUAAAGACCUUGACAAACGGAAGGGUAAGUUGCUGACUUUCGACUUUAAUAAGCCUGCGGAGGAUCCAGUUGAGUUAACUUUAAAGAACUUCAAUCGCACGGGAUUUAACCCUCACGGGAUCAGCGUGUACCGGGACCCAGCCACUGGCGUGACGUCCUUGUUUGUUAUAAGUCACCGGCCAGACGCUGAAGCCGUUGAAAUAUUCGACUUCGAGAGGGAAACCCAUUCACUGAUACAUCGCCGUACUGUGAUGGACGAUUUGAUUUCGAGCCCGAAUAAUCUACAUGCAGUCGGUAAGUUGUGUUGCUCUAAUUAAGUCGCGGCUUCUCUUAAGACUUUCCUCAAUUUUUCCCUCCUCCAGUAAUGUGAUUUUCUUGCAUAUGCACCGUUGGCUGAUAAUCGAUUGUUUUCUUUCAGCUUGCGGUGCGUUUGCACGAAACCAUUCAAAUUCUGUUGAAGAUUUCAGUACAGUCAAACCCCGUUAAUACCUACGAACGUUCAAGGGACAACAGAAAGUGUCCGUAUUAAGCGGGUCAUGUUAUUAAAGUUAAAAAACCCCUUUAGUAGAACAAAAUACCAAGGAAAUAAAAGAGGACAUUAUAAGCAUCGUCAAAUGAAACUUCUCUAACCUUUCCAAAGCCGUCAUUACGCGGCUUAAGUCCACUGAAAUAUUUAGAAAUCGCUCAUUUAUGUGUCCGUUGUCCGUAUAAACGGAUGUCCGUAUUAAGCGGGUUUAAGUUUAGAGAAAAUGUAAGGGCUUAGCUCAUGGACAAAGAAAACUGUCUGUAAUAACGAGGUGUCCGUAUUAGGCGGGUGUCCGUUAAGCGGGGUUCGACUCUACUAUUUACACAAAUCCAUACAAAAACUUUCACACUUUGCGGUUCAAAAACUUGCACGGUGUUUUUGUCAGUUCAUAUAUUUUUCCAGACCCGCGUAAACGGGGUUUUAGCGGAGCUCUCUCGCGCGCGAAGCGAGCGCCAGCGAAGCACCAUGGGAAAUUGUUUCUGUAUCCGUGUUGUCUAAAGUAUUAAGCUUAGAUUAAUUUUCAUGUCCACAAAUUUAGAAUAUAGGGCAAGAGAAAGACAGAAAAAGAAAAAGCAGGAGGCAGGCCAGCGAACCUCAACGAGAAAAAGGGUGACAGAGAUCUAGGACUGAUCUAGAGCGAGAGAUAAAAAAAAACAAAGGAGACAUUUUUUUUAGGCUGGAAGAACAACAUGAAAAUUUUCUAGCGGCGGUGGCAAAAUGAGAAAUGCUAUCGGCCACCAAUGCAAAGUGAAAAUGAGCGACACCGAAAAAAAUUUGAACGAGAACACGUACGACAUUUCCUCCAAAAAACGUGUAACUAAGAAGUUUCUGGAAGUUUCACGUUGUGGUCGUGUAAAACAACGGCAAAGAAAUGUACAAAAAAAGUGUGCUGCACGUGCGCCCUCGGCGUUGCCUUCAAAAUAUUAUCGAGAGCUUCGCUUUUAGUCCUGGCUAAAUCUAUAUAUUAGAGUCUUGAAUUUGUUUGGAACACUAAGGGUAAUGAUGUCUUGAUUGUGGAAUGAACUUGUUGCUGUAUAUGACCUUCUUAGAAGUCGGGUAACAUGCCUGUGUCGACUAAACUGUUGUGUGCCUUGUAGAUUUAAAACACCAAAUCCAUAAGUUCGUGUAUAGUAGCUAAAUGGGAAAAAUUAGAUUGUAUAAGACUUUCUUUACGUGACAUUUUUGUCCGUUUAGAAGCGUCAUAUUUAUCUAGGUACAUUGUUAACUUAAUCGGUUAUAUUAGUGGUAGAGGGACACACAAAUAGACAAAUGCAUGGAAAGAAAUGUUUCGGUUGAGCAAUGAGUCCAACAAGAAAUCGUCAUAUUUGGUCUUCUAAAGAGUCAUCUUAGCUAUCCCAGGCAGACCAGUACUUAGAGGUCAAGAUCACCACCGGAUUAUACUUUUUAGCAAACGGCCUCAAUGAUAGCCUGUACACAGACGUUGUUUUAUCUUUCUUUUCGUUCUUUUCGAAAACAUCGGCGAGUGCGCGAGAACUAGCGUGUUUCUUCUUCUUCCACCUCUAUCCCCUUGCGCUGGUGGUCAAGAAAUCCCCUGCUGUUUUAUUUUUAUUACGCGCACUGGACGGACUUCGAAGAGAAAAUAGCGGGUCUGUGAACAGGCUACCUCAAUAAUACAAUUUUCAUUAAAUUGAUGGAGUCAGAUUAGCCAACUCAUGUUGAUCGGAUAGCGGCGAUAUUCCUAGUACAACUCCCAGACAAAGAGUGCUUCCAGGAAACUUAAGUCAUGAUAUGAGGGGGGCCUCUUUCACUUUUCGGAGUUUUAAAGAUUUAUUUGUAAUUUUUCAAUCAUACUGAUAAUUGUCCAAAUAUACCGGCCACUGUACGCGUUGUACGCCUUAAAGUGUAGAAUACUUAUCUAAUAAUUGGUCGUCUUUUCCUCUGUGACAGGUCCUGACAGCUUUUAUCUGACUAAUAUGAAUUUUUUCCACAACAAAAACAAAUUUCUUUGCCUUCUCCAUGCUGUUCUUCUACAUGACGUACUUCAUGGCAAUAUCGUCUUUUUCGAUGGAUUCAAAGCAAUCAAAGCAGUAGGUGGAAUUAAUGGUAACGGCAUUGUUAUGGAUAAAGAUGAAAGGUAAGGAAGUCGAUGCCUCAGUAGAGACUUUGAGGCAGUCUAUUCACUUGUAAAUGUAGUGUUUCUAGACUUUUUAGUGCACAUUAGAGGGGCUACGUCAUGCUACUUGCUGUCUUUAGAAAAAAAAACGUUUUCCGUGACAAUUGAAUUCAAAAAAUAAUGAUCCAGUUUUGCCAUUUAAUACUAUAUUUAGGCAUUGAAACUGUUUCCUGUCGUUUGUUACUACGGAUGGGCAAGGAUGAACAUGCCCAACUUUUUCAAGUUUUUAAUACUACAUGCCCACGAAAAUUGCCAAAAAAUAAUUAUUGUUGGUAUUCCGUGUUGAAAUUCGUUUGAUAUCUUCUUCAAAACUUGACUCAAAAUUUCGUGUAUGGAUAAAGACACCAAGUAAUGACGUCAUCACAGAAUUGACCUAAAACAGCAAUAUCCUGGUGACACCCUGGUCCCUUUAAGCCUGUAUUAAGCGAGCCUGUAUUAAGGGCCGGGUGAACUUCAAUUAGCGGUCACUUGUCAAAGUCUUCGAACUCGUUUCUCCUAGUUACCGCAAAGUCCGCCUCUUUUAAGGUCUAUCAUCAGUUGUUUCAUUGUCUUAACUUCCGUUGAAUAACCAUGGUAUAACCAAUCGUACUAGUGCACUGAAUAAAGUAGAUUCACACCUCAGCCCUACAUGGUCUGUUAUUUCUGCUAUUUCGGCACAAUAAGACUGACAGUAUGGAAAUCAACGAUUGGAUUGACAAUACUUGCUAAGUUAACAUAUACGUUAAUUAUUGUUGCAUUUUUUGCGUUCUUAAGAAGUGCCUCGGAAAAUUUCAGUAUAGUAAUUUUACUGCCUCGCUUACGAAAUGUUAUUCACCAAAGAAGUUAGGUCUAGUCUUAACACUCAGAACGACUCCAUCAGUGCUAAACUCUUUGUUCAAAUUGCAACAGAUUUUUGUGUUACUUUUUCAUUUGUAAUGACCUGUUGUUUUUACUGUCUUUACUAGCAUGUAUAGAACAUUCGUACACUUUUUACUUGACUUAAUAAUGACGACCAAGAAUGUCAAAACGUUGUCCUACGUCUUUUCAACGUUUUCAAAAUUUCUUACUGAAAAUAUUUUUAUGAAAAGUUUUUUCGCUAUUGUUUUAUAGUUUAAAACUAUAAUUGUGAAAUAUGAAUUAAUGCUUAUGACAAGCGCAUGAGAAAUUUGGCCACGAGAGAAAAGAUGUCCGCGCUGUCCUCCUAUUCUCUCAAGCGCAUCAUUCACUCAUCUUAUUAUCUUCUAUUCUGAUUGUAAUGGAUUAUUAGAAAGAGUCAAACCAACAUCAGCUCCGGAUUCGUUUUACAGACUUGUUUUUGCCUCCACUUCGUCGGGAAGAAGCGUUGCAGUUUUCAGACGUCGCCAAGACAACACUUUGGAAUUUUCUCAGGUCAAUUAAGCUAAGUGCUUAUUAGUAUCAUAUAAUGCACCUAUCAAUGUAAAGCGUAAAGCCAGAGGGGGCAGGGCAUAGGGUGGGGAUUUGAUUGUCUUUGUUGUCCCUGGGGUAGGGCAUUUGACUGAUCUUGUUCUCCCGGGGGAGGGGAUAUUUGAAUCUUUCUUCGCCCGACGUCGAGAUAUUUGACUGCCGACUCGCACGAAAAAGACUGACACCGAACAUGUGUUUCCCGCUUCUACGCUUCACGCACGCGCCAUACGGUUUGAAAAGAUCAGGAAGUCAUGGAGGCCAAUGAGAGCAAGCGAAGGCUGAGUGGACUUCACUGUGUUGUCUUCAAAUUUCGUUUGUUUUAGGGUGUUUUUGAUCAAUUGAACCUGUUAAUAUAAUGUGGUAUCAAAGUAAACGGAAGUAAAGAGAAACCGAGCCGAUUUUUGCAAGUACAGUUGAUUAGUGUAUGGCUCGUUCGCUACAAUCACUUAUAAAACUGACUUUGUUUGUACCCUUUACUAAGAACGGUACUAACGGUAUAUCUAGACUUACAAAAUGUGGACUUUCUCCUAAAGGUUUAUGUAUUCUACCCAGUGUGACACGGAUUAUGGUUAAAACGUAUAAUUGCAGCUGUAACAGGAACAUGUAUCUUUGGUGAUGCAGCAACGUUUAUAAAAGAUUGCAGAGUUUUAUUUGGAGAUAUUUUUAUUGUGCCUUUCUUGGGUUCUGCCUUGGGAUUGACAGCCAUGUGCAGCCUGGGGUGGGGAAAUUUGGUUGCAUUUGACUGGAAUGAUUUGCCCGUGGGCAGGGAAUUUGAUUGCAAAUUUUUGAAAAAAGUCAAAUCCCCACCCUAUGCCCUGCCUCUCCCCCCGCCGGCAUUACAUUGAUAGGCGCAUAAUACGUUAAGAUGGUCAACUGCGAAAUUCUUAUAAAUCUAUUCCAAAGAAAUCAGGUUAAUCAAUUAUCUUACGAUGACUUGAGCCGCUGUCCUGGAUUAUUCUAAAAAGCUGGCUUUAUACAAAUUAAAAGCAUAGAAACUGGCAUGCUCCUGGCAGUUUUGAUUCUUCGAUAAUAUUUUUAGAAUAUGUUAUAGUUAAGCAUUUCGCAGCUUUUGGGGUUAAGUUGUUUUACACAGUUUUUGCGGACAACAAGUCAGUAACUGAAUGUCUCCAAGGUUUGCCAAAAGGAGUCUUUAAUAUUCAGGAAUGAACGAGCAGCUUCUUGAAAAAAGGAAGUUUGCAAGACAUUUUGAAAAAAAUACGACAAAACCCUUUUCUUAGCCUUCGCUCUUACAUGCCUGGCUCGCUACAAUCAAAAUAUAUUGAAACAUGUGUGAGCUUUGUCUGUUUGGUUAAAUUUUUUUGAGGCACACUAGUUUUAUAUAUUAACCUUGCGAUGAAUGAUCGCCUUGUCGCACGGUAUUUCUAAACAGUGAACAGUAAAUGUUUGGCCAUUAAUAUUUUAUCGCUUUUUGUUUUUUUCAGGAUAUUAAGCUAGGAUCAUAUAUAGACAAUAUCAAUGUUGACCCAGUGACGGGAAGUCUGUGGCUAGCGGGAAUUCCUCGAAUAAUGGACGUUGUGGAGCAUUCGAACAACCUCAGUUUUCCUAGUCCCUCUCAGAUUUUAACGAUGCGUCUGGGAAAACCAUCUACAUCCGGGGUAGCUUUUCCUGAUUACGAAAUUCGCGAGGUUUACAAGAAUGAUGGGAAAGAAUUGUCAGUUUCUACGACUGCAAAUGUUUAUAAAAAUCGUCUCCUGAUUGGCUCGUUAGAUAGCAACAUGCUGUACUGUGAAAUCAAGCACUACUAA